AUGGAAAAUAUCAUUCAAUUCGUGGUUGGAGCGGCUCUUGGCAUCGCGAUCCAUCUGAAUGUCUUCAUUCACGGGGAAUGGCAUGUCCGUGCACCGCAGAUAGUUCUAUAUCACCUCGCCUACUUUGCAUUCCACUUCCUCCUCGUCAAGGCCUACUGGAUCAUUCCAGGGUACAUAAUUGGGAUAUUCUCGAGCAUCACUAUCUACCGCCUCUACUUCCAUCGUCUCAAGCAUUUCCCUGGUCCCAUCUGGGCCAGCAUCAGCAAGAUCUGGCACGCCUGGCAGGCCCGCCACCGCACCAAUUAUCUGGUCUUGGAACGGCUUCACAACGAAUAUGGAGAUUUUGUCCGAACUGGUCCGAGUGAGAUCACAGUCUACCAUUCAGAUGUUUUCAUGGCCAUUGACGGCCCAUCUGGCAGCUGCGUCAAGUCAGAAUGGUAUGAUGUGCUUCAUCCCAAGAUGUCCUUGGUGACUGCGCGUGACAAGAAAGUGCAUGGCGCCCGUCGUCGACAGUGGAAUAGAGGUUUUACGUCUCAAGCUUUGGAUGAUUACCAAGAACGAAUCAUUCCACUGAUUGAUCAAUUGGAAUGCUGCAUUGAUAAAGAUAUGCGCGCGGGAGAGGUUUCUGAUAUGAGGGACAUGUUCUUCUGGCUUGGGUUCGAUCGCAUGGGUGACUUCAUCUUCAGCCGUACUUUCAACAUGCUCUCCCGUGGCGAAUGGCACCAUAUCAUCUUGCUUCUACAGCGUGCUUUGUCUCUUCUAGGCCCGUUGAGUCCACUACCUUGGAUGGUUCACAUUGCUUUCAAACUGCUCCCCCGUGUGUGGGUUUUGCGCGACUGGUUCCGCAUGGUUUCGUGGUGCGAAGGGCAGAUGGUGGAUCGAUUGAAGACCCCCAAAAGCACUUCAAAGGUGCUAGAUGUGGCUCACUAUCUUCUUCAAGAUGCUCGAGAUGACCUGAAGCAAUUUCCAUGGCUGACAGGCGACAGCAUCCUAGCCAUCGUGGCAGGGAGCGAGCCUACAGCAGCUGUCCUUAUUGGACUCUUUUAUGAGCUGGCCAAGGCUCCGCACCAAGCAGAUAUGAUCGUCGAGGAGCUCAAGGACAUCAAUAUCAAAGACUCUCGAGCACUGGCACAGUGUACCCAUCUCGAUGCUGUGAUUUCAGAGGCUCUGCGCCUGUAUCCCGCCUUGCCAACCGGAGGAAAUCGAAAGACAACUAAAGAUGGUGUCACGAUCGGGGGAGUCUACAUCCCACCUGAGACCACCAUCGUCGCCCCCCGAUAUGUUAUCUCACGCCGCGAGGACUGUUUCGAACAACCACGAAAAUUCAUUCCCGAGAGAUGGUACAAGCACCCCGAAAUGGUCCGCAAUAAAGCGGCAUUUGCACCCUUCGGCACAGGCCAUACCAGCUGCCUCGGUCGAGCGCUCGCAAUGAAUGACAUGCGUCUCAUAACAGCCCGCCUGGUUCGGAAGUACCGCUUCCGCAUCCCGCCCGGCGAGACGGGCGACUCAGUCUGGAAAGACCUCAAGGACCAGUUCACGUCAAAUCCCGGCCGCUUACGGUUGAGAUUCGAACUACGGGAAUGA